AUGGCCAGUUCACAGCGAUCGUCUGCGAGUUACUCCUCCUCCACCGUUACUUCUUCGACUCCUCCUAAGCUAGAUACCAAAUUUGGUGCUCCUCUUCUUUCUCCUCCGCCGUCAUCUUCACCGUCAAUACCAAGGUUCCCUCCUCCGCCGGUAAUACAGCCUAAUCAGAUCCCCUCUCCGUCGAUAAAGACUCCCAAUUUACCAUCCCCCGCAAAUGGGAUACGAGCCGGGAGCCCCCUGCCGCACAUGAGCACGCCCCCUGGCCCACCGGUGUUUUCGUCUCCUCUGCAACCAGCUGCCGUCCCGUUUAGAACUUCUCCUGCAACUCCUCAGCCCGUCGCGUAUUCCUCUGGUUCUUCACUACCCACAUCCUCACCACCUCCACACUUUUCUAAUGGGUCGGUUGACUUUCAGCAUCAAUCAUCCGAUGUUACAGAGGAACUGGACAAUUCUGCUGAGUAUCCAAAUGUUUUGUUCUCAGCUCACAAGGUUCUGAAACAAAAGAAACUGGCUAAUGUGCCCAGUUUAGGGUUUGGUGCAUUAGUUUCUCCUGGCAGGGAUGUGUCACUAGGUCCUCAGAUAAUCCAGCGUGAUCCACAUCGCUGCCAAAACUGUGGAGCUUAUGCCAAUCUUUACUGCAAUAUCUUACUUGGUUCAGGCCAAUGGCAAUGUGUAAUAUGUAGGAACUUGAAUGGAAGUGAAGGGGAAUACAUUGCUCCAAGCAAAGAAGAGCUCAGAAAUCUGCCUGAACUAUCAUCUCCUCUGGUUGAUUAUGUCCGGACUAGCAACAAAAGACCUGGUUUUGUUCCUUUAUCUGAAUCCAGAAUAUCAGCCCCAGUUGUUCUGGUAAUUGAUGAGUGUUUAGACGAACAACACCUGCAGCAUCUGCAGAGCUCUUUGCAUGCAUUUGUGGAUUCCUUGCCCCAAACAACUAGAGUUGGAAUUGUGCUUUAUGGUCGCACGGUUUCAGUAUAUGAUUUCUCUGAAGAAUCUAUGGCAUCUGCAGAUGUGCUUCCUGGUGACAAAUCACCUAGUGAAGAGGCAUUAAGGGUAUUACUAUAUGGAAGUGGGAUUUAUUUGUCGCCAGUCCAUGCUUCUCUUCCAGUGGCACAUGGGAUCCUGUCAUCGUUGAUGCCAUAUAAAAUGAACAAUCUUCCUGAAGUUUCCAGGGAUCGAUGCUUAGGUACUGCAGUGGAGGUUGCUAUGGCAAUCAUUCAGGGUCCAUCGCCUGAAAUGUCAAGAGCGGUUGUCAAAAGGCCUGGUGGAAAUGGCAGGAUUAUUGUCUGCGCUGGUGGGCCGAACACUUAUGGCCCUGGUUCAGUUCCUCAUUCUCCGAGUCAUCCGAACUAUCCACAUUUGGAGAAAACUGCAAUGAAAUGGAUGGAGACUCUAGGCCGUGAAGCUCAAAAUCGCAAUACGGUGGUUGAUAUACUUUGCGCUGGGACAUGCCCUGUGCGUGUUCCCAUUCUGCAACCUCUUGCAAAAUCAUCCGGGGGUGUUCUCAUCCUCCAUGAUGACUUUGGGGAAGCCUUUGGUGUGAACUUGCAGAGGGCAUCCACGAGGGCUGCAGGUUCCCAUGGUUUGUUGGAAAUCAGGUGUUCGGAUAACAUAUUUGUUAGUCAAGUGAUUGGCCCAGGCGAGGAGGCGCACACGGACAAUCAUGAGUCUUUUAAGUCUGAUAAUGCUGUUCCUAUUCAGAUGCUGAGUGUUGAAGAAACACAGUGUUUUGCUAUAUCAAUGGAGACUCGUGGGGAUAUCAAGAGCGAUUUUGUGUACUUCCAAUUCGGGAUUCAGUAUUCAAACGUGUAUCAAGCAGAUAUCUCAAGAGUAAUUACUGUUAAGCUCCCUACAGUGGACAGUAUUUCAGCUUAUCUGGAGAGUGUUCAGAGUGAAGUGGCUGCUGUUCUAAUCGGUAAAAGGACUCUUUUACGAGCCAAAAACUUCCGUGAUGCUGUCGAUAUGCGAGUGACUCUUGAUGAGAGGAUUAAAGAUGUUGCGAGUAAGUUUGGUUCCCAGGUUCCCAAGUCAAAGCAUUAUCGGUACCCUAAAGAGCUUUCGUCACUGCCUGAGCUCUUGUUUCAUCUUAGAAGAGGCCCACUCUUGGGAAGUAUACUUGGUCAUGAAGAUGAAAGGUCUGUUUUGCGGGCUUUAUUCCUGAAUGCAUCCUUUGAUCUGUCCCUUCGUAUGCUUGCGCCGCGUUGUCUAAUGCAUCGUGAAGGCGGGACUUUUGAGGAACUACCAGCUUAUGACCUUGCUAUGCAGUCUGACACUGCAGUUGUUCUUGACCAUGGAACUGAUAUCUUUAUUUGGCUGGGUGCCGAACUUGCUGCACAGGAAGGAAUGAGUGCAGCAGCUUUGGCAGCGUGUAGGACUUUGGCUGAGGAGCUCAGUGAGCUUCGGUUUCCUGCUCCUAGAAUUCUUGCUUUUAAGGAGGGGAGCUCUCAGGCUCGAUAUUUUGUUUCUCGCCUCAUACCAGCGCAUAAAGACCCUCCUUAUGAGCAGGAGGCAAGGUUUCCUCAGCUUCGAACUUUGACUACUGAACAGCGAUUGAAGCUGAAAAGUAAUUUUGUUCACUUUGAUGAUCCUAGCUUUUGUGAGUGGAUGCGGAGUUUGAAUGUUGUGCCACCCGAGCCAACUUGCUGA